CCUUGAAGUAACCAUUACUAAGCAUGUGCGUGCGUGAACCGCAUUUCGGAAUUUUUUUUUGCGGAAAAAUUUAAAUGUUAUAACGGGUGUGAAGAAGGUCAUGAAAAUGUCGAUUAUAGAACUGUCUGCAUUUACGGCAUUGAGUGUGUGAACAGCAGGAUUUCCUGAACUCUUAUAUCCAGAGGCUUUACAUGGCAUUUGAAACCUGUUCAGUCACCAAGAAAGUCGAAAAUAUAUAUUGCUUAGUACCGCAUUGAUAUUGAUAAACCCUAUAUAAUCAUAAAAAACUUUGUAGACCGACAAAAAAUCUUGUCAGUAUGGAUCCGCUUGCAUCGAUGACAUGGGAGUACGAAGGUAUUAUGAUGCCGAUAAUGAUAAAUAGGGAAUCGCUCGAAUAUGUCAAAAACAAUUUCGAGGUUCGCGACGAUGAUGUUUGGCUGUGUACAUAUCCAAAAUCAGGCACCCAUUGGUUGAUGCAGAUUAUACAACUAUUAAAAUUAGAUGGUGACUACGAGAAAUUAGUAGAGAAAGGUGUUAAAGACGUUAAACCAUUGGAAUUCGCUUUACCUUAUCCAGGGGGUUUAAAAUACGCUUAUAAGUAUUACGAACAGUUACCAUCCCCCCGACUAGUUGUAACACAUCUACCUUUCACACUUCUUCCAAAGCAAGUCUUUGAAAAGAAGGCAAAAGUGAUAUACGUUGCCAGGAAUCCAAAGGACACUGCUGUAUCGAUGUAUUAUUUCACAAAACCAACCUUUAAAACUAAGAAUAUCGAGUUAGAAUGGAGUACAUUUAUCUACAUGUUCAUGUCAGGGAAAGCUCCAUAUGGACAAUGGACAUCGCACGUACUUCCUUUCUGGAAUCAUCGAAAUGAAGACAAUGUUAUGUUUCUAAAGUUUGAAGACAUCAAAAAGAAUACAAUUGAGAAUGUUCGAAAAGUUGCAGUGUUCACCGGUUUGUCUACAUCCGACACAGUUCUGCAGAAGACUGUCAAAAACUCAUCGACUAAACAUACAAGAGCAGUCAUGGACGGUGAAAAUAAUGGAACCGACGCUACAAAACAGACCAAUGUGGGAGCAUUUGUGCGCAAAGGAGUUAUUGGCGACUGGAUGACGCAUUUUACAGUGUCCCAGAGUCGAGAGUUUGAUAAAACUCUCAACUAUUACCUGAAAGAAACUGGACUAGAGAUGGUGUUUGAAUAGUUAUUAUCUAACAGUUUACAAUGGUGUUGAAAUUUUCGAUAUAUGCGUUUGAAGAAUCAAGAAAGGCGAUAUAUAAGCCUAGUUAUUAAUUGGUUACGUUAGAAACAUAAUAAUACGUCGUGUAGCAUAUCUCUUUAUAAAUGAUGAAUAAAGAAAUUGUGUAAUAAAAUGUCUCUGACGGGAUUCGAACCGGGACCUCUCGUUGUCAAGGCGAGCGUUAUAACUAUUAGACCUCAGAGGCUUCAUGGUUGAACAUAUUUAAAUUACCCCCAGAUACAAUCCAUUACACAAUAGGUACGUACAACUGGAAACAAUAAUUGCAUAUAAUAUAAAUCAAGAUAGCCGUUAACACUGUGAAAUUAUAUAUCAAUCAUCAAAGAAAGGUAAAUACAGUGUUCGAAUAAAGGACAUAAUAAUACAUCGUUAAUCAUAGCAAGCGUCAUAACCAUUAGACCACAGAAGCUUUAUGGUUGAGCAGAUUCAAAUUAACUCCAGAAACACUACAUUACACACGUACAACUGGAAACGCAUAAUUGCAUAUAAUAUAAAUCAAGAUAGCCGUUAACACUGUUAAAUUCUAUAUAAAUCAUCAAAGAAAGUUAAAUACAUAUAGGACAUAAUAAUACACCUGUAGCAUAGCUCUCAACGAAUGUAGUCCUAUAAAUAAAUGAAUAAUGAAAAUGUGUAAUAAAGUGCCUCUGAAGGGAUUCGAACCUGCGAACUCUCGCUGUCAAUGCGACCGUCAUAACCAUUAGACCACAGAGGCUUCAUGGUUGAACAGAUUCAAAUUACCCCCAGAUACACUCCAUUACACAAUAUGUACGUAUAGCUGGAAAUUGCAAAUAAUAUAAAUCAAGA